AUGGCCCGGCAGAAAGCGUCUGGAGAGAACUCGAAGAAAGCGUCCGGCAAUGCGAAGAAAGCCGAAGCAGCCGCCGAAAGGGCCGCCGCUGAAAACGCAAAGAAGGGGGCUAUAGAGGAUCAAGAAUGGAGUAAAGGAGCAAAGAGUAAUGCAAAAAAGGAGGCAGAAGUUGCAAAAAAGGCAGAGGCGGCAAGGAAGAAGGCAGAGAAAGAUGCGAUACUAGCGGAGGAGGAGAAGGAUGCCAAAGCAGCACCCAAGAGUGCCAAACAAGCCGUGAAAAAAAGUCGGGGUCUCGACUUAUCGCAACUCGAUUCGGAUUCUGGAGGCUCCAAGAAUGCAGCGGCGCUUAAUGCCUCUGGCAUUGACAACGCCUUGGAUGCGCUAUCUUUGACGUCUUCAUCAGCGGCGGCCAAGAUAGAGAAACACCCGGAAAGGAGAUUCAAAGCCGCCUAUGCUGCAUUUGAGGAGAGGAGGUUGGCCGAGAUGGAUGAGGAUGGCAGUGGACAAGGCCUGAGGCAAAAUCAAAAGAAAGACAGGGUCAGGAAGGAAUUCGAAAAGAGCGGGGAGAAUCCUUUCAACCAGGUCUCUGCGAGCUACGAUACUACCAAGGAGGAGUUAGAAGAAAUCAGAGAACGGGAGAAGCAGAAGAUCGAGGCCAGACUGAGAGCCGAUUGA